GCUCACUUAUAAAAAUACAAGGCCAGCCAGCCCAUCUCGGUCUCCUCGUACACGACUACCACUCUACCCCUUCCCUGUCGCAGCCAGUGACAAUGGCCACGAUCUACAUCGACGCCUCGAGCGGCUCUGAUGCUGCAGGCCGCGGCACCCUCGAUCAGCCUUAUCAGACCCUCGGAUACGCCAUUUUCUCGACGUCCACCGAUAGCGUCGACUCCACCAAGUACCUCUUCAGGGCGAGCGCGGAAGCGGAAUACGAUGCCCCGACUCAAAGCGCGACCAAGAAGGCCAAGAAGGACGCGCAGGGCCUCGAGAAGAAGCGUCAGAAAGCAGCUCAGGAGGAAAAGCAACUACAGGAGAAGAGGGAGAAGAGAGAGCGCAUGCUAGAGGAGAGCAAGAAGGUUAUCAUCACGGAGGACGAGAGUCUGCCUAAGGCUACUAAGGCAAAGAUUGUCAAGCUCGAGCCCCUACGUGGGCAGAGGGUGCGCGUGUCGGGCUGGAUUCACCGUCUGCGCAUACAACAGGAGCUCACUUUUAUUGUUCUGCGUGAUGGUACUGGCUACCUUCAGGCCGUUCUCACCGGUCAACUGACCAAGACUUAUGACGCGAAAACCCUCGAGCUCGAGGCCGCUGUCGAGCUGACGGGUACUCUUCAGGUCGUUCCAGAGGGAAAGACGGCCCCAGGAGGACAUGAACUUACGGUUGACUUCUGGAGAACGCUUGGCUCUGCGCCGGGUGCAGAAGACGCGUUCAGCAACAGAUUGAAUGAGCAAUCUGACCCCUCCAUCAUGGCCGAUCUGCGUCAUCUCGUCCUCCGGGGAGAGACUGCCUCCGGCGUCCUUCGUCUUCGUGCUGCCCUCCUCUCCGCUUUCCGCACAACAUACGAAGCACAUAACGUGCUCGAGGUCACUCCACCAUGCCUUGUACAGACGUCAGUAGAAGGUGGCGCGACGCUAUUCCAACUUCCAUACUAUGGCCAGGAGGCCUAUCUCACUCAGAGUUCGCAACUGUAUCUCGAAACAUGUCUACCUUCGCUCGGAGACGUAUUCUGUGUGCAGGAGAGUUUCCGAGCUGAGAAUAGUCACACCCGCCGGCAUCUGAGCGAAUAUACCCAUCUUGAGGCUGAGCUCGCAUUCAUCACUUUCAACGACUUGAUGUCGCAUAUAGAGGCAGUUAUCUGCGAAACCGUCGACAAGCUCCUCGCCAACCCCAUCGCUGCUUCCAUUAUCCAGCAGCUGAACCCAGGCUUCAAGGCCCCCGCACGUCCAUUCAAGCGCAUGGCCUAUGCGGAAGCCAUUAACUGGUUGAACGAGCAUGGCAUCAAGCACGAAGCUGAAGACGCAGGGGGAAACGUGAUCAAGGACGAGCAAGGAAACGCGAAGAUGGUUGAGCACGCCAUCGGAGACGACAUCGCGGAGGCUGCUGAGCGCCAGAUGACGGACAUCAUCGGCACGCCUAUCUUCCUCUACGGCUUCCCCGCUGAGCUGAAGGCGUUCUACAUGAAAAAGAUGCCGCGGGAGAAAGGCGCGACAGGGCCGAUCUUCACGGAGAGCUGCGAUCUGCUGAUGCCGAACGUGGGUGAGAUCGUGGGUGGGUCAAUGAGGAUUGCGGACAUGGAGGAGCUGUUCGAGGGAUAUAAGCGUGAGGGCAUUGACCCGAAGCCGUACUACUGGUACACGGACCAGCGCAAGUACGGGACGUGCGAGCACGGUGGGUAUGGCCUGGGUGUUGAGAGAUUUUUGGCUUGGCUUGCGAACCGGUAUACGGUCAGGGAGUGCACGUUGUACCCCAGGUGGCCUGGCCGUGCGACGCCGUAGGAAGAUUAAUCGUGAUAGACCGUGGUUGUAGCUAUGUUUGUGUACUCGUGUUCGGGAUAAUGAUAUGUUGC